UAUGAGUAGCAAGCCACCAAACAAAGAAAAACAAAUAAAUUGAAAGCUCGAAGGUGUGGUGGUGGCAGUGGUGGGUAGGUGAAGUGAGUUGGUGGGUUCUAACUUCUAUUGCAUCUAAAUUCGACCACCUUAUUAUUUACUCGAACCAAAUCCAAAGCACCCACUUUUUUUCUUUAGUUUCUUCAAAGCUUCCAUCGUUUUCUUCUUUCCCUUCUUCCUGGGUGUUGUGGUUGGUGGCUGAGGGCUCAGUGAGUUCAAUUGAGAUGGCUUCGUCUCUCACAUCCAAACCAUUUCUCGGAGCUUCAAGGACCGAUGGGCUUUCUGGGUUGUGCUCUAUCUCCUCGGAUCUUCGAAAUCUAUCGUCCCCCUCAGUACAGUUUUUGAUCCGCCCUCGUACUCUCAGGAAGCUCCAGGUGCAGGCAGCUGGCAAUACUUAUGGAAAUUUCUUCCGUGUAACAACUUUUGGAGAAUCACAUGGUGGUGGUGUUGGUUGUGUAAUCGAUGGAUGUCCUCCUAGGAUGCCCCUCUCUGAAGCUGAUUUGCAGGGCGACCUGGACAGAAGGAGGCCAGGUCAAAGUCGGAUUACUACUCCUAGGAAGGAAACUGACACAUGCCGAAUACUUUCUGGAGUUCAUGAAGGAGUGACUACUGGGACCCCAAUUCUUGUGCUUGUACCCAAUACUGAUCAGAGAGGACGUGAUUAUGACGAAAUGUCAAUAGCUUAUAGGCCUUCACAUGCAGAUCGAACUUAUGACCUGAAGUAUGGUGUCAGAUCAGUGCAGGGUGGUGGUAGAUCUUCAGCUAGAGAAACAAUAGGAAGAGUUGCUGCAGGAGCAGUUGCCAAGAAAAUCCUUAAGGCCUUUUCAGGAACUGAGGUUCUUGCUUAUGUUUCACAAGUUCACAAGGUUGUGCUUCCAGAGGAGUCCGUUAAUCAUUAUACACUGGCACUUGAUCAGGUAGAGAGUAACAUUGUUAGGUGCCCAGACGCUGAAUAUGCAGAGAAGAUGAUUGCUGCCAUUGAUGCUGUUAGGGUGAAAGGGGAAUCCAUUGGUGGUGUUGUCACGUGCAUCGUUAGGAACUGCCCACCGGGGCUUGGUUCACCAGUCUUUGACAAACUUGAAGCUGAAUUUGCUAAAGCUGUUUUGUCAUUACCUGCAACAAAGGGUUUUGAAUUUGGAAGUGGAUUUGCAGGUACCUUUUUAACCGGGAGUGAACACAACGAUGAAUUCUACUUGGAUGAACAAGGAAAAAUCAGGACAAAAACAAAUCGCUCUGGUGGGACACAGGGAGGAAUAUCCAAUGGGGAAAUCAUAAACAUGAGAAUAGCUUUCAAGCCAACAGCUACUAUUUCAAAGAAGCAGAAUACAGUGACUAGAGAUAAACAUGAGAUAGAACUUAUAGCCCGUGGUCGCCAUGAUCCUUGUGUUGUUCCUCGAGCGGUGCCGAUGGUGGAAGCUACGAUAGCCCUUGCGCUUGUGGACCAACUAAUGGCACAUUAUGCACAGUGUCAUAUGUUUCCUAUCAAUCCCGAGCUACAAGAACCCCUGCGCAUAACCGAAGUUGAAGCAGCUGAGGAAGCUGCUCUGCACAGUUGAAAGUUGACAAACUUUCUAUACCAUUCAGUGUAAUUCAUUAUCAUAAAACGCGCUCUGUGGGAGUCCAAGAGGGCAUUCUUUUCUUUUCCUGUUUGAGUUGUGACUAUAUAGAGGAUUUGUUGACAUUGGUUUACCAUUGUAGUGAGACACUAGAAUAUAUGUUGUCAACCACUUUCUUUUUGGCCCAAGAUGAGCAAAAUUCAACCAUUCAAUUUGUAUCAAUAAUUUUAAGCCAAUAAAUGUUUCAAAUAUUUAUUUUA